AUGUUAGAAAAAAAAUUAUAUGGAUGUGGCACAUUUCGAAAAAAUAGAAAGUUUUAUCCUAAAGAUAUUUUACAGUCUGACAAAUCAAUAAAAAAAGGCGAUUUCGAUUUUGUUCAAAGUGGUGAUAUUACAGUYACAAAAUGGAAGGACAGAGGUAAAAAUCCUGUAAUUGUAGUAAGUAACAUGCAUGAUGGAUCUAAAAAAAUUAAUGUAUUGCGUACAAAUUCUAUUGGUAGUCGUGAUUCAGUGCCUUGCACAGCAUCAAUAUCUGAUUACAAUAUGUAUAUGGGUGGGGUGGACAAAAAGAGAAAAAGUUAUACUCGUUCUGUUGAGCUUGGAGUUAAAAAAACAACAAAUAAUAGCACAUUCCAAGAUGUAGGUAAACAUGUUCCAAUUCAAGGCAAAUAUCGGAGAUGUGGUUUUUGUAGUACAAAAGAAAAAGAAAAAAGAUCAAACUUAAUUUGCAAAGCAUGUGAUAAAGCUUUAUGCAAAAGUUGUUUUGGGCCUUAUCAUGAUUUACAAUAA